AUGGGGAAUAUCUGCUGCAGCAUCAAGGAUGGCGGAAGAAGACGCCGUCACAGUAGACGGAGGACCAACAUAUUUCCGGCAACGGAAACGGCUCCUCCUCAGCCACCUCCACCCGGAAUCACACGUAAUCGUUUUGUAUUCGCCGCUGCAACGCCGUAUUCUAACCCUUACCCGCGCCAUUUUUAUCAGUAUCCGGGCUACUAUCCUUCUACGCCGGCACCAUACGAUCACCUCUACAACUGUCACUACCCUCCCCACAUUGAUCAUCACCAGUCUCAUCCUUGGGUUGCCGGCGGGAGAUGCCCGAUGAUUCCGCCUCCAUUCGUCGAACACCAGAAAGCCGUCACGAUUCCUAACGACGUUAAUCUGAAGAAGGAAACUCUGAGGCUCGAGCCCGAUCCGGGUAACCCGAGUCGACUUCUCGUCUCCUUCACGUUUGAUGCAAUCGCCUCGGGAAGGUCUAGUUUCCACUUUAUGAUUCGGAAACAGAGUGAAACUCAUGAUGCUGAAAUCAAGAUCACAGUCGUUUUCUUUGCGGAAGAAGGCAGAGAGUUUAAUCUCACAGCGACAAAGGGAGAUACUUUGCCUCCAAUCACAGUUGAUUUUGAAAAAGGGCUUGGUCAGAAAUUCAUACAACCAUCUGGAACUGGCAUAGACCUAUCGGUGUUUGAAGAUUCCGAGCUAUUCAAGGAGUCCAAAACAGAUAUAUAUCCGCUGGCGAUUAAGGCAGAGGCAGCAGCUCCAGUGGCUGACUCGAGAGAGGGAAAGUCCGAAUCCGCCAAUGCUCAGAUAACUCAGGCGGUGUAUGUGAAGGAGAAAGGGGAGAUUAAGAUACAAGUGGUGGAGCAGAUACUGUGGGUGAAUGGGUUGAGAUAUGUGUUGCAGGAUAUUUAUGGGACUGAUGGUCGCGUCGAGGAUACAACUGACCCGGCAAAAGAAUGCGUUAUAUGCUUGUCCGAACCACGCGAUACAACUGUUCUUCCUUGCAGACACAUGUGUAUGUGUAGUGGAUGCGCUAAGGUGUUAAGGUUUCAGACAAAUCGGUGUCCAAUUUGCAGACAACCUGCAGAGAGGCUUUUGGAGAUUCAGGUAAACGGUAAUAGAAAUGGAGGAAAUGGAGAUGGAGAUGAACAAACUUAGUUAAGCAAAAAGCCUGUAUAGUAUAGCUGUUUUUGAUUUGUAAUAUAUGCAAUGUUAUGAUCCUAUGAUUGAAUUAAAUUGCUGUUUAGUCCCACCAUUGAUGAACAAACACACCUUUGGUUCUCAUUGAACACUGUUAUGAAUUAUGAUGUUAAUGAUCUUAUAGAUAUCCAAUACUUCAACAUAUAUUGCCUCUCUUAAAUGGAUAUUACAGUUCUUAAAGAGUAAAUGAUAAACAAAGACGCAGCUUCUUAUUUAGUAACAGGUGCUAGGCCUGGAGCUGCGUAGGCCAAGGACCAACUAUGGCAAACACAGAGAGUGAAGCAAGGCAAGGCGAGACUGAGAGUUACAUUGGUGUUUAGUCCUCCCACCAUUGAUGAACAAACACACCUCUGUUUCUUAGAGUUCCAAGUAAUUUGAUGCAGUCUGGUUUGUGGUUGGAGCAGCGGAGGAAAAGCUCAUCAACGUAGCAUAUGGUUCCUGUCUCCAACAAAACAGAUAAAAACUUCAUUUCCACUUGGCUUGUGUUCAUCUUAAGAACCACAAAGUCUGCGUAUUUCGCAGUUUCCUCAAACCAAGCAAGGAAAUCGAAGCCCUCGUCUUCUGGGAACGGCUCUAGCUGUUCAACAAACGGAGUUCUGUUUCUCCCUGUUGUGUUUUCAUCAGCUAAACCGGGAUGGUAAACAAAGGUGACGCCGGGUUUUCUGACAUACGACAGCAUCACAGAAGUGUUGUGAUCGACAAAGUAGGCGCUGAAAGAUUUGCUGUCGAUUGGGUAAGAUGGAAAGAACCAGUUUGGAGAUAACUUAGCAUCCAGAUGCUCCCCUGCGCCAAUGUCAAUGUAGACAAGCCUCUUCUCCAGAGAGAGAUCAAGGAAUUUGGGCAAGUAAGCGACUGAUUUUGGGAAAUCAACAGGCUUUUGCUCGGACAGAGGUUCCAUGAACGCUACGUAAGGUCUAUUAGUCUCAACAGAUGGACAAUCUCUAGGCACCUGAGACUUUCCAACAUCGUAAGCAGCAGUAUCAGUUAGAUUCCUCCUGAACACGAUGACGUUGAUGAACUCUUUUGUCUCGGGUUUUCCCAGGAAUGGUUCAACGAGCUUGUCUAAGAAGAGUUUCGGUCCUGGAAAAACAAAUCGGCCGAGAUGGACCAGACCCAGUGCUGCGUCAUCACCGGAGACUCGAGGUUUAGCGAUUCCAGGAAGUAACUCCAUCAAAGGGAUUACAGAUAGAGCAGAGGCGAUGAUGAGAGCACGUAACAGAGCAUGUCUCCUCGUAGAUCCACGGAAGAUAUUGAGCUUCAAGAUCUUUACACCCAUGGCUUCCAAUCAAACUUUUCUAGUCCGAUGAAAAGCCGAGAAGUUUCAAACAAAAAUCGAGGCGAAUCCCCCCAAUUGAGAAUUGUGUCUAUUACGAUGGGUAGAGAGAUCAAAGAGAGAGAGAGAGAGAGAGAGAGAGAGAGAGAGAGAGAGAGAGAAAACAGGAGGAAAGAUGGAAGAAUCUAGCGGGUACAGAACCUGGAGGAGGUAUGGUUUCCACCCACGAGGAGAAGUAUGGAUAUUUGCGACCCUAACCAGACCCUUCUCGGAACCCUAAUCGACUUCACCUCCGUCUCCAUUCCAACCAUUCGAUCCGCCAUGCAAAACAGAAACAGUAUGUCUCGUCUUACUUACAUGCUUGUAGUAUCCUUUCUUAUUUCUGAGAACCGCUCAUAGAAUUUAGAUCUUUAGACUCUGUUUUUUUUGUUUUUUUUGUUUGGGGAAGAAGGAGCGAGUGACGAAGAGCUUUGCACAGAUUGAAUGGUGACGCUAAGUAAAAUUGAAGUAAUUUUAUUAGUCACAUGCUCCGCCCAAAUGUUAAGAUUCUACCGCCAUUAUAUUGCCACGUCACACCAAGAUAAGUAAUUUAUUCGUCAAUUGUCGAGUAAGAUUUUGACCGUUGAUGUUAUUAAAACGUCAUAUCGCGAUGUAAUUUUAUAAUGAAAAGGUUGAUAAUGAACUAAUUGAACUAUGGAUUCCAUUUUUGAACUACCAAUAACCACCGUUCAUGUUCUUUUUUGCUUUUG